AUGGCCUGGAACGCUUCUGGGACUUGGAACACGCCGACGAGCAAAGACAUAGACCCCAAUGAUGCAAGUUUCCCUGGUCUCGGACCAGAGACCCUCAACGCUUUCAACAAGACCGACCACACCGAAGUCCAGGAGAACGAGCUGGUUGCGCUCGAAGCCAUCUAUGGCGAUGACUUUGUUAAUCAUACCGGCGAACAGACUGCUUGGAAGAAAACGGAGCCUACCUUUGAUAUACGUAUCAAGGCCUCCAUUGAUCCUGACUUCUCCGUAACCAUGGGGUUUGUCAUGAAUGCCACUUACCCCAAAACACCUCCCGUCCUCACUCUCAAACACCAAGCCCACCUUCGUGAAGUCACCCAGUUCAAAAUACAGAAAUUUAUCGAGAACCAGCCCAGAAUCUUCGCCAAGGAUGAAGAGGAAAUGGUCUACAAGAUUGUCGAGGGUGUCCGAGAGAUAUUGGAGGAUGCCGCCCAGACCAAGGCCGAUGGUCGGAACCUCCCGUCUCUCGAAGAGGAGCGUGAACGUCAUGAGGCUCUGCUAGCCAAGGCUGCUCAGGAGCAGAAGGAGAAGGACGAGCGAGAAAGAGCAGAGCAGAGCAAGGUGGAAGAGCGCAUGAUGGCGGCUAUGUUACGCCAAGAACUCGACCGCCAGGAACAGAGCGCCAAAGAGUCUAGGAGCAGUCGUCAGGCCGGCGGUCCCGAGACCCAGCCCUCCCGCAACUCGGCCGCCGACUUCGAGGCACUCGAAUUUGACCAAUUAUGCACAAUCACGGACAGGGCUGGAAACCCCGUCUCAUUCAGAGCCGUCACGGGCAAGUACGAUUCUCGGCAGGGCCCGGUCUCAGCCGUCUACACGGUUCGGCCUGUUCUAUCUAACGGUCAGGGAACCCAGACCUUGGCUCUCAAGGAAGCAACUCUGCGUCCGAGCGGAAAGGAGGCCAAAGAAUUCAAGAAACAUAUCCAAGUCCUCGAAGGCAAGCUUCAAGAUCUCAAGCACAUCAGGGGCCUAUCUCACCGCCACCUAAAUGAUGUUCUCGAUUUCAAGGUUGAGAGCUGCUCGCCGGCCGACUCAUCAGCGCUCAACUGCUGGCGCGUCAGCAUUCUCAUGCCACUCUCCGACAAGGGCUCGUUGGAGGAACUUCUCGACUUGGCCGGCCACCUCGAAAUUGGAAAAGUUCGUUCCUGGACACGCGACCUGCUGGACGGCCUCAACUUCAUCCACAACAGGAACAUAUCCCAUGGAGAUAUACACUCGGGCAACAUCAUGCUGUUCCGUGACCUUACUGGCGAGAUCGUCCCCAAGAUAUCCGACAUUUCUUACCAGCGAGAGCUGCACAACUUUUUCUCUCCAGAGCACGGACCGCCCGGUCUGAACUCUGCCAAAUCGGCCUACUGGCUUGCCCCAGAGGUUUCCGGGGCCACAAAGCCACUGUACUCGUAUAAGACGGAUAUCUGGGAUUUUGGCGUGGUCUUUGUACAGAUGGUCUUUGGGCUACAUAUCGAGCAGAAAUACACGUCCCCCAAAAAUUUGAUGGAGUCACUAUCCCUCUCGCACCCUCUCCAUGAACUUGUAAGUAGGUACUUCAAGGAGGACAAGAACAAGAGACCCCGCGCUUUCGAGCUGGGAUCCAGUGAGUUUCUGGCCACAGAUGCACCUGUCUUUCAAGAGGACCCGCCCUCUAUCGCCUCAGGAGCGUACCCGAUGGGCACGCUUCAACCGAUGCCAGCUAGACUUAGACGCGAGUCCAUGACACGAGGCGCCGCCGUAUCCUCUCGAUAUGCCGAGGACUUUGUGGAGGAAGGCAGACUCGGAAAGGGUGGGUUUGGCGAGGUCGUCAAGGCGAGGAAGAAGCUCGACGGACAGAUAUAUGCCAUCAAGAAGAUCUCUCAACGGUCCCAAGCGAGUCUCACUGAGAUUCUCAAGGAGGUGAGGCUUCUGUCUCAGCUGAGCCAUCCAGCCGUCGUGAGGUACUACAAUACGUGGGUGGAGGAAAUCCCAGACGUAGGCGGUAGCGACAUGGACACAUCGAUUGAGGAGGAAACCGGCGAUACGAGGGAGACAGAGUCUGCCGACAUCCAGUUCCGUACUAGCACAACGGGUGGCCUCGAUUUCAUAUCAUCUAACCCCAUCAUCGAGUUCGGCUACGACGACGAAGAGGAAGACGACGAGCUAGACUCCCAGGAAGAGGACACCAGUUCCGACGACGACGCGACCGACGAGCAGUCUUCCUCCCCGGUCAAGGAGCGGAGUAAGAGUAUGCUUCUUCGUUGGGCCAAGUUCCAGCGACCAUACCGAACUGUCCUGUACAUCUCCAUGGAGUACUGUGAGAAGCGGACAAUGCGAGAUCUGAUAAACCGAAACCUGUACAAGAAUACGCAGGAGAUAUGGCGUCUCUUCCGCCAGAUCCUCGAAGGUCUCGCCCACAUUCACAGCCUGAGUAUCGUCCACCGCGAUCUGAAGCCCGAGAAUAUAUUCAUCAGCAGCGGCGCGGAUGGCGUAGAUAAUGUCAAGAUUGGUGAUUUCGGACUGGCGACCAGUGGACAAUUCUCCGUUGAUAGAGCCAACGUGAACACAGUCGACGCGGACGACCUUACCAAGAGCAUCGGCACCGCUUCCUAUUCUGCGCCGGAAGUGAGGUCAGCGGGCAAUGGAGUUUACAGCACCAAGGUCGAUAUGUACUCGCUCGGCAUCAUAUUCUUCGAGAUGUGCUACCUUCCUAUGGUGGGCAUGCAAAAGGCCGAUGUCAUCACACAGCUGCGCCGUACCUCGCCGGUCCUCCCCUCAGACUUCCGCCCAGCAGCUAAGGAGCAGAGCGAGAUCGUCUUGUCUCUUGUCAGCCAUAACCCGGGAGAGAGACCGUCAUGCAGUGAUCUUUUGAAGAGCGGGAAACUGCCGGUCCAGAUGGAGAGCGAGACGAUCCGGCGAACCUUGGCGGGCCUGGCCGAUCCCAGCUCUCAGUACUACCGCAAGAUGCUCUCGACACUCUUCUCGCGACCAGUGGAGCCCACCAAAGACUUUGCGUGGGACCUGUCGGCGACAUAUCCCACCUCUGCAGAGCUUCUCAAUCAGGGAAUCAUCAAGGAGAAUCUCGUGUCCAUCUUUCGCCGCCACGGUGCCCUCGAGGUACCCCGAGGCUCCAUAUACCCGCGGUCCUCGCACUACGGGGACAAUGUCGUGCAACUCCUGGAUCAGAACGGGACAGUUUUGCAGCUCCCCUAUGACCUGACGAUGGGCAAUGCCCGGAUGAUGGCCAAAUCAUCGAGCAACCCACCUGUCCAGAAGACGUUUACGUUUGGGAGCGUAUUCCGCGACAAGCAGGACACUGGCCAUCCGCAAAUGUUUGGCGAGGUGGACUUUGAUAUUGUCACGGUCGACACGCUGGACCUGGCACUUAAGGAGGCCGAGGUUCUCAAAGUCAUUGACGAAAUUGUCCUCUCGCUACCGUCCCUGUCAUCUUGCCAGAUGUGCUUCCAAGUGGGCCACUCUGACCUGCUCCACAUCAUCUUUGAAUUCUGCGGCGUUGAGCCGGCAUGCCGCAGGGCCGCAGCCGACGUGCUCAGCAAGCUCAACAUCCACGGCUACUCGUGGCCCAAGAUCCGAACGGAGCUGCGGUCAGCCGACAUUGGCAUCUCGGCGACCAGCGUGGACGAACUCCAGCGCUUCGACUUCAGAGACACGCCCAACAAGGCCUUCUCCAAACUCAAAACGCUGUUUGAGGGCAGCGACAUGUACCAGAGGGCAUCGUCGACGAUUGCGCAUCUCAAGGAAGUGUCCGAAUACACCAAACGGCUGGACGUCAGGACCAAGUUCUACAUCAACCCACUCAGCAGUCUGAAGGAAAGCUUCUACAUUGGCGGCAUACUUUUUUCGUGCCUCCACGACAAAAAGAUGAAGGACGUGUUUGCCGCGGGUGGCCGCUACGACCACCUUAUCAAGGAGCAGCGGCUCAGGACCGGUGGGCAGAUACACGAGAGGCACGCGGUGGGAUUCAGCCUGGCAUGGGAACGCCUGGCGAGGAUACCAAAGAAUGGGGCUAAGCCGUCUCUUAAGAGGAGCGAGGAUGAAGCAUUCGGCAUAUUUUCGACCAAGAGGUGCGACGCGCUGGUGGCAAGCUUCGACCCCGCCAUCCUGCGAUCCGAGGGCAUCAGCAUCCUGCAGACGCUGUGGGCUCACGGCGUCAGCGCGGAGCUGGCCAAGGACGCCCGGUCGCCGGAAGACCUGAUGACGAAACACCGGGACGACUCGUACUCGUGGAUCAUUGUCAUCAAGCAGGACUCCAUGCUCAAGAUCAAGACGGUAGGACGUAAGGACGUGCCGGAUGUAGACAUGCCGACAACGCGACUGAUGUCGUGGCUCCGAGCGGAGAUGCGCGAGCGAGAGUCCCGACUGCCAGCCAAGAUCCGGACGGCAACAGAGCCGGGAAGCAGCGGCGGCAGCCUCGCAGGGCUGGCGGCAGGCAGCACGGGCGGAACGGGCGACGGUAGGCGCGAGCAGGACGUCAAGAUAUUAGUCGGGCAGACGCGCAGCAAGAAGUUCAACCGGCGGACAGUGGUGGAGCAGGCGCAGGUCAGAGCGGCCGGGCUGAUGGGGACGUACCUGGAGGGCCCGAUCCUGGCGGUGGAGACGAUGAGCGACCAGGUGAUGGAGGCGAUUGAGCGUACGAAGCUGUCGGACGCUGAGUCGUGGCGCAAGGUCGAGCACUCUGUGACGACGUCGGAGAAGAAGUAUGUGCGUGAGAUUCACGAGCAGCUCGACCUGUGGAGGACGGAGUGGAAUGCCGAAAGCGGGAGGACGAGACACUCGUUUCUGUAUAACUUUAGGACGGGUUAUUGCCUGCAUUACGAUCUGGCGGCAUAG